AACCAUCAACCACCACCUUAUCAUUAACCUGCGUAUCAACACAUCAACUGUCUUUCUCUCCUUACAGCUCCAUAAUUCUUCUUGUCCUUGGGCUUCAGACCUUACCCCGGUAGACAAGCAAUGCCCAUGGAGUUAAGAAUGUCCUCUUUAUGCUUUUUAGUUGGAUUGAGAACUCUCAAACCUACAUAUUUGCGAACGGUUUACAGCAUACAUACUAUAUGCGUGACUUUGGCACAUCCCGGUAGUUGCCAGUAAAGGGAACUCUCCGGUUAUCCUUGACGACGCAUAAACCCUCAUGCGAUUAAACACUCGCAUCUAUGUUUUACUAGCUUGUCUCUACAUUUAAGUUUGUUUGUUCACGAUAAGGUUUCGCGGAUUUUACCAUGGACCUGUCUUGAGCUUGUUUAAACUCAGGCAGUUAAUGGAGAAAUGGUUAAUAUCUACCGGCCAGCAUUGUUGACAUGCACUCGAGAGCAGACAACGGGGAAGAUUCCCAACUCUAUUUGCUAUUAGAACCUUCGCAUUCACGAGUGCCUGUACAACUACGUUGUUUAAUACAAAGGCAUUUUCCUUCUGACAUGACUUACUUUUCUACUUCUUCUUUUCUAACAUAUAUAUGGAUGUAUAGCUGCUCUGAUGCGUCAAUAACACUCUCCAUCCAGUUUUGGGAUUCCUGAGAUCUGCUACGUGUUUCUACUACAAGUAUAUCUAGCAUCGCCAUAUUAUUGAUAUCUUGAUCAAAUCUCACGGCCUUGCUUCCUUCAAACGGCCCUAUCAUAGAAAUUCCGUGGCUCUCAGGCCUCCAAACCAAGUAGCACGCCUGCGGUACACACCACCACGAAGUUUUACACCAUCUCCUGUCCUCAUUAUCAGCGCCGUGCGCAAUUUAGGAAAUAUCCCACCCCGUCCAUCCAUUUUUUAUUUUUAUUUUAAUUUAUAUUUUUCAUCCUUAACUGGUCACCUCAGUAUGUUUAUUUUAGAAAAGUUUUCCGCAGCCGCAACUAGAAUGAAGUUGAUGUCAUUCACGCGAAUGAUAUCCUUCAAGGGACACGGCCAUGCCUCUGUUAGUCCGACGGUUGGCAAAGCAAAAGCUCGAACAACCCGCCUAUCACCCCGGAGUUGGCGCGCCGGAAGACCGUCAAGCUGCAAAGUAGAUUCGGAAUUGAUUCUCGAAGUCUCCCCUUGCGCUUCUCUGCGCCCCUUGCAUCCGCCUGCAUCACCGGCCGUUCUCGAAAAUGCAAACGGUUCAUGCAGCCGAUUUUCCACUCAGGUAAAUGAUACCUGCUCUAACUUUGCGGAAGAGGGCUCUAUUACAGGUGCUCUCGCUCCUCCCGUUGAGGCUCCACCUAGCCCUAUAGUCGUGCCCAGUAGCAACACUCCUAUUCUCCAGGACGGCGACAUAGAGGAAGAAAGAAUGACGCCCUUUGAUGAACCUGACUUUCGUCUUCAAUAUGAGCAGCAACGGCAUGCAAUUCACAUCGCAGCAUUAGAAGACGAGUAUAAAGAGAAAAUGAGAGCUGUUGUCGAUGAGAAAAAUAAGCUCAAGAAAGAGUUGGAGGAUGCUAAAAAAAUAAGGGAUGCCUUUGAGCAACAAAAAACAUUUUGGAAUGAAAGGUUUGUUACUGUGAGCAGAGACCGAGACGACAAAGUCAAUGAACUCAAAAAAAAGCUGGAGGACACUAGAGGAGAAAGAAAUAUCUUUGAGGAACAUAACAUAUUUUGGAGCGAAAGGUUUGGUACUGUGACAAGGGCCCAAGAUGACAAGAUCAAGGAAAUCAAGAAAGAACUGGAGGACGCCAGAGAAGAAAGAGAUUCCUUUGAGAACCAGAAAUCCUUUUGGAACGAAAGGUUUCUUACUGUUACUAGACGCCGAGACGACAAGAUCGAUGAACUCAAACGGGAGCGGGAUCGAUUUCAGGCGUCAUACACUGCUGUUGAACCGAGAGCUAAGGCUUUGGAAGCCCUCGCAAAUCACCAACAAGUUCAGCUCGAAGAGAUGGAGAAGGUAAUAGAAGAGUCUAAAUUACAGCUUGGGAAACAAAGAGAAGAGCUCGAAUACCGUUGCCAGGAAAACAACCUUUUGCUUAAGCAGAUUGAAGAAUACGAAGCCAGCAACCUUACAUAUUUCCAAAACUUCCACAAUCUCGCCCAAUGUACAGAACAAUUUCAGAGCCGAUGUGCACAACUCGAGCAGGAGGUAGAAAAGCUAAAUGCUACCAAAUCGGAACUAGAAGCUAGCUUGACUGCGGCUCAUGAUAAAAUCCAGAUCUCAACCCUCAAACAGCUAGCAAGGGAACAGGAGCUCUCCGAAGAUAUCUACCUCGCUAAAACACGACAAAAUAUUGCUGAGUAUCACCUCUCUUACCUUCAAGAGACGUGGCGUGCCGAGCAUACCAAAUCUGCCAAUGAACUUGCGGACUGCCGGGCAGAACUCCUACUGAAAGAUAAGCAUAUCGAUGUGGUUCGCCAACAAAAGGAUUGUUGUCAACACGUCAUUACGGAGGUGGUUUCCAUGCUAGCCGGUCGGGCUGAGGAUGGAAACGAGUUCGCCCGACAACUUUCCCUGUACGUGUCGGAAACUCUUGAUCGAAAUGAGGAGCUUGGACUGCAGAUUUUCAACCCCCAUGGCAAAGAGCUUAGUGACAGCGAGAAUGAGGGUAGCGGGUAACAUAUACUUCUCGAGCCCUCCACCUUUGCUCUCUCCGGGCCUCUCUAUCAUUUCGGAUGGAAGACGAAUUUUACUCGUUCCAAUUAUUGUUUUGGUGCCGGUUACUCAUCUCCAAGAUUGAAAUGCAAAUCCUGCUUAGAAUCUUACUGACUGCCUUGUUCCUUUUGCUUUGAUUGCAACGAGAAAAAAUUAAAAUAAAAA